GAACAUGGAGGAAAAGCUUUCUGGAUUUAUUUUCAUGUGUAAUAGAAUUACAAAACCAGAGUGCUAUCGGUGUCGAGUUUUUGGGCUUCCUUCUGGGAGAAAGGAAGUUGUAGAGAAGAUCAAUCCUGGCACAUACCUUUUUCUGUUUGACACUGAUGUGAAGCUUCUCUAUGGCAUAUAUGUUGCUACCUCAACUGGGAAGCUAAAGAUAGAACCUUUAGCUUUUGGUCAGAAAUUCCCUGCUCAGGUGAAAUUCAAAAACAAAGACUGUUUACCCUUGCCAGAGAAUUGCUUUAAACAUGCCAUUCAAGAUAAUUACCUGAAAGGCUCCAACAAAUUUAAUCCUGAACUCAAUAUUAGACAAGUAAGAAGUCUAAUAGAAUUGUUUCGCCCAUUACAUGUAUUGCCAACAACACCUACACAUCCUGUUUGGGAGAAACCCGUGAAUUAUGUUUUUGAUCAGAUAUCAAGGCCACCCCUUUCUGAUGGCAUAUUUUUGUCUAGGAUAUCACCUAAUCAAGCUCCAAGGUUGUUGAACUAUGAACAUGUAAAUAAACUCGAGGCAUCUACUGGUCCUGCCUAUCCUGUUAAUGAUGUUAUGCCUAAUUCAGCUGCAGCACAGUCUGUGCCAUCCCAAGCUUCAAGUUAUCAGCUUUAUGCACCUCAAUAUUCACAUCAGGCUAUCAAUCCACAACCUGAAUUUCAUUCUUCCCUGGUGAAUAGUUGUCAAGCUCAAUCAUUGCAAGAUUCUCAACAUGCACAUCACACUAUCCUAAAUUCGCCACCUGAAUUUCAGUCAUCAUCAAUGACCAUGGGCAGUAGUCAUGCUCAAUCAGUGCAAGUUCCUCAAUAUCCAUAUCAGAGUAUCCCAAACCCAUCAACUGUGGGCGAUAAUCAUGCUCAAUUAGUGCAGGUUCCUCAAUAUCCAUAUCAGAGUAUCCUAAACUCACUGCCUGAUUUUCAUUCCCAAGUGGCAAAUGCAAGCAACAGUCAUACCCAUUGGUCAUGGUAUCCCCAUUAUACACACCAGAAUAUCCCAAGCUCGCAACUUGACACUUUCUCUACCACCACAGUGAAUACGCGUAGUGUUUAUGCUCAAGUAUUGCCAGAUCAUCAACACACGCACCAGAAUGCCCAAAAUCCACAACCUGAUUUCAAUUCCUCUACAGUGAAUGUGGGCCAUGCCAAUGUCAUGAUGCAAUCGCACGCUUCCUCGUCAUCAUAUUAUCCAUACAUUCCACAAGAAGCUGUGUCUGCCACAUAUUCAUCUCAAGGUGAAUUUCGUCGACGCCACUGAUGCGCAGGUCUGGAGCCAUACAAGGUGGGGUCUCAAGUGAUCAACAAACUGGAUAUGAAAGUGAGCAUCAUCAGUCAUCUAUGCAGACAGAGAAGAAUACUUUUACACAAGAGAAUGUUGUCAGCCACCUACACUCAGCAAAUUCAUAGUCUCCAUGCUGAACCACAUGUUCCAUUUAACAUAGUCAAUUCGAUUUUACUGCUUUAUGUACAUAUAAGUAGGGGGCAUAUAUACCUAAUGUUUAAUUACUGAUGUGGGAUAGGGCUCUCUCAAGUAAAAAUUU